CUUGGGAUGUGUGCAGGAGAAAUUCAGUGUGAGGGGUGCAUCGGUGCAAGUUGCAAAAGAUGAAGCUGGAGAGGACCAAUCUGGAGGCCUUGCAGAAGAAGCUGGAAGAGCUGGAGCUUGAUGAGCAGCAGCGGAAGCGCCUUGAAGCCUUUCUGACCCAGAAGCAGAAGGUGGGAGAACUGAAAGAUGAUGACUUUGAGAAGAUCAGCGAGCUGGGUGCAGGCAAUGGCGGUGUGGUAUUCAAGGUCUCCCACAAGCCGUCUGGCCUGGUCAUGGCCAGAAAGCUAAUUCACCUGGAGAUCAAACCUGCAAUCCGGAACCAGAUCAUCAGGGAGCUGCAGGUUCUGCAUGAAUGCAACUCCCCAUAUAUCGUGGGCUUUUAUGGCGCAUUCUAUAGUGACGGGGAGAUCAGCAUCUGCAUGGAGCACAUGGAUGGGGGUUCUUUGGAUCAAGUCCUGAAGAAAGCCGGAAGAAUUCCUGAACAAAUUUUAGGAAAAGUUAGCAUUGCAGUAAUAAAAGGCCUGACAUAUCUGAGGGAGAAGCACAAGAUUAUGCACAGAGAUGUCAAGCCAUCCAACAUCCUAGUCAACUCCCGUGGGGAGAUCAAGCUCUGUGACUUUGGGGUCAGCGGGCAGCUCAUUGACUCCAUGGCCAACUCCUUCGUGGGCACAAGGUCCUACAUGUCGCCAGAAAGACUCCAGGGGACUCAUUACUCAGUGCAGUCGGACAUCUGGAGCAUGGGGCUCUCUCUGGUGGAAAUGGCAGUGGGGAGGUACCCCAUCCCUCCUCCAGAUGCCAAGGAGCUGGAGCUGAUGUUUGGGUGCCAGGUGGAGGGAGAUGCAGCUGAGACACCCCCCAGGCCCAGGACACCCGGGAGGCCCCUUAGCUCAUAUGGAAUGGACAGUCGACCUCCCAUGGCAAUUUUUGAGUUGUUGGAUUACAUAGUCAAUGAGCCGCCUCCAAAACUGCCCAGUGGAGUAUUCAGUCUGGAAUUUCAAGAUUUUGUGAAUAAAUGCUUAAUAAAAAACCCCGCAGAGAGAGCAGAUUUGAAGCAACUCAUGGUUCAUGCUUUUAUCAAGAGAUCUGAUGCYGAAGAAGUGGAUUUUGCAGGUUGGCUCUGCUCCACCAUAGGCCUUAACCAGCCCAGCACACCAACCCAUGCAGCUGGCGUCUAAUCCUUUGGGAAGCAGCAAAGAGCGAGUCCUCUGCCCAGUGGUGUGCCGUGUUGCUUUUGGGCCUCUCCCAUGCUUGUCUCUGUUCAGACGUGCAUUUGACUUAUGACAAAGGAUGAAGAACACAGCAUGUGCCAAAACCGUACUCGUCGUCAUUUUUAAUAUUACUGUCUUUAUUAUUACUACUGUUAUUUCCCUAAGUGGAUUGGCUUUGUGCUUGGGGCUGUCUGUGAGUAUGUUAAUCAAAACACAUGCCAAGCUGAAAUACAGUGACACUUUGGUGACCGUGGGUAGUCAUUCUUACUGACAUUUGCACUGCUGUUCCUGCUCCGCGACUGGCUGGCCGCCUGUAUCUCCAGGAUUCUUGACACUUGGUGGUCCUUCAUUUCUGCCAAGUGGACCUUCUCUCAGUGUGAGUGCCAGGGAGCCUCAUAAGUCCCUUCACAGGCAGUGCAUGUGAAGCAUGCUUUGCUGCUGUGAAAAUGAGUACCAGAAAGUGUACAUCAUGUUAUUUUAUUACCAUCUUUUGCUUUUGAYGUAGAAUUCAGCAGUUUCCAUCAAAAUCUAGCCAGAGCCAUUCACUGCCAUGAUAGCUGGGGCUUCACCAGUCUGAUUUGUAGACUUCUGGUUGUAUUUCUAUAUUUAUUUUUAAAUAUAUUGUGUGGGGUAGUAAAUGGUAUAUGUAUCUUUAAGUUUAGAUUAGUGUUUCUAAAAUGGUGGAGUUACUCUGAAUGUCACAAAUGAAUCAAGGCAUUGAAAUAUGUCAGAUUUCUAUCUUCUCCCAAUCUAAGUACCAAUGCUAUUGUAAACAACGUGUAUAGUGCCUAAAAAAAGUAUGAAAAUCCUUUUAAUCAUUUUAAUCCAGAUGUUUAACAAAUCUAGUCUCUUAUUCUAAUAAAUAUACUAUCAAGUUAAAGGAUGAAAGGUAUUUCUACUUUUGUGGUAGGCUUUGCAAUUUCUCUAAUGUAUAAGAAAUCAAAUGAUUUAGUCAAGCAUUGUUGUGGGGCAUGGGGAAAGUAGGAAGGAGGCUGAAAGGCAGAACUAUCACACCAACAACAAAUUCAGGACAUUGGACUAAUGGGUCUUCCUGUGAUUUCAAUCUUUGUACUAAUUCUUCUGCUACAUCACCUUACCUGUGACUUUCAACCACUUGCCUUUAGACUUAUGGACGGAUCCCUUCUUUUCCUUUUCUCUCUACAUAGGAAAAAGCAGCAGGUAGGGUUUGGGAACAAGUCUAAGAAAAAUCACAAGCCAUUUCUCAGUGAACAUUCCCCGUUUUCCUUAACAAAGAGCUGAGUUGGGGGUAUACCUGCUCACCCGAGGCCCUGCAGGCUUUGGAGCCUCUAGCCAGGCAGAGCCAGUCUGCUUUGUUACAAUGAGCAAUGGAUUAUCUUCUUGCACCACUUACACUUAACUCCACCUUCCUGGAAGGGAGAAAUGUGCCUGAUGCCAGCUUUGUCAUGUCUGUGAGGUGGCAGUGAAAUCACAGUAAUUAGAUGUGGUAACAGCCACACAAAGUAGUCUAAGGUGGGCAGUGUAACUAAAGCCAUGAGCCAGGUGUGGUGGUGUACACCUGUAAUCCCAACAGCUCAGGAGUCUGCAAGUUC